GUUUGAGAGAGAAAACGGUUGUCUCUCUCUCUCUCCUUAUCUAACCAGCGAUGCGUUCACUCGUUAUAUGGGAAUCAGCUCUUCAUUAGUGAAUCAGUGGUUAGAAAACAUAAGACACGAACGGAUUAUACAAAUAAAAACGUUGCGAUUUGUGUUGAUUAUCAAUUUGAUUAUGUUUUCGCCGAUUAUUAUAUUAUUUUACUUUCACUUCAACCAAAUCCGGGGCUCCGAGUCCGGCGGCCAGGAGUUGGCCGACUCGGCCAUCGAGAGUAACGUCACGUUUCAGACGCAACUCGAUGUCGACGAUCAGUACCGACUGUUUUGGACCGUCGACUACGAGACACAGGCGGCCACUCUGGAGGUGAGGGCUGUGUUGCAGCGACCGUACGAUUGGUUUGCCGUCGGUUUCUCCAAUUACGGAGAGAUAGUCGACGCCGAUAUGUGUGUGCUUUGGACCGAUAGGAGACAUAAAAUUCAUUUCCAGGAUAUCCAUACGGAUAACAAUAGCUUUGUGUUUGUGGACGACGUGUCCAAUGACUGCAAGCUAUUGAGUGCCCGAAAAAAGACUAAAGUCUUGCGGUUUGCUUUUCGCCGCGAUUUCGAUACAUGCGAUCCAAACGACUACUUAAUUGAAGAUGGCACUACACAUAUAGUGUAUGCAACCGGAAAGGGACCAGUAUCCCGAGUGGACGGCAUACGAUUGGCUGACCACAAACAUGGUUUCCAAAGGGUGCAGCUGUUGAAGCGAUUGGAAGUGUUGCCUAAAUUGGCGUCUAUUACAAAAAUGAUUGAGUUUGUCAACAGCGAGGUCAGUGUCCCGGACACCGACACCACCUACUGGUGCAGAGUUCACGAGCUGCCGAAGGAACUCAAAGAUAAACACCAUAUCAUUCAGUAUCAGGCGGUCAUACAGGAGGGCAACGAGGCUCUG